UACACUGUUCUUUUACUUUGUUUAAUAGUAAUUCAGGUUGUGACAUGUACAAAAAGCAUGAAUAUGUGUUAUAAAACAAACAUACAGGCGAAGCUAUUCGGAUUAUGGGAGUGAUUCAAUAUUUGUGACACCGUCUUGUCACAACAUGUGGUGAAAGAAAACGUGUAAAUUUGAACAUUUUGUCGUGCUCGGUCUGGAGAUCAGCUGAGAAUGACGAGUGGGGAAGAUGGUGGUGGUAUUCCGAGUGAAAUGAAAGAAAAGCUGGCAUCCUUUGAUUCAGCUUUGACCAGCCUGGAGACAGAGUUGAAGCCGCUUCUAGCGAAACCAAGAAUGGAGUUCUUCGAAAAGCUGGAGCCCCUGGACAUGGGGAAGAUGGACUUGGUGGCAUCGUAUGCAGUCAACUCAUUGUUCUGGAUGUAUCUGAAUGUGUGUGGAGUCAACCCCAAAGACCAUGCCAUCAAGCAAGAGCUGGAGCGUGUGCGUGGAUACAUGAACCGCGUGAAGGAGAUUCAAGACAAAGCAAAGGCCCCAAAAGUUAAUGCUGGAGCUGCUAAACGUAUGGUGAAGAGUGCUCUUUGGCAGGCAGCACAGAAGAAGGUCGAGCAACAGGGUAGAGACGAGGAAGGACCUUCGCAGUCACGACAUUCCCUUAAUGCCCCUGGUGGGAGCAGGAAGAGGAAGUUGGAUGACGUUCAGGAGACGAGGAAGGGGAGGAGAACCAGGUGACAGGAUGCCAGUCAAGUGAAUGUAGAGAAGAUGGUGUACUUCGACAUACUGCCAGCAGUAUGCUCUAGGAUGGGGAUACACUGGUUUCCUGGGCUAGUUGUCCUAUCUCACUCUUGAAAUGCUGUGUAUCCAUUGGUGAGAACUUGACUCACAUGGUCCUUGGCAAGUUCAAGACAACAUGAAUCACUGAAUGUUGUGAUAGUCCCUAUCAAGACUCAGGGUGCAAGGACUGUAUGUUGGAUAAGUGUUGAUGAUGUCUAACAAGAUGCAAAGUUAUGUAUUCAAAUUAUUGCUUGAAAUCCUGAUAAAAUGCUUUUCCAGGAACAUUGAUUAAGGGAGUUGAAGCGUGUACCGCUGUUCAGUCAAGACACUGGGAAGGUCAAGCUGCUUAUUUAGUGUGAACUUAGUUGAAUCCUAUUUCAGACAUGAGACACACAGGUCACUGGUCACAGGUCCAACACAAUAAAGCACCAUUUAAUUUUCAAAAGUAUAUAUGAAGGUCAACUUGCAUGUGUUGCAGAUAAAAAAGUUAUUAAAUCUCAUCACAUAGAGCCAGGCCCUGCUGGGGGUUUAAAAUACCAUGGAAAUAUAGUUGAAAUACUGUUAAAGACCAGACUUAAACCCCACAAUAACAUUACCCUAUUUAAGAGAGCUGUUGACAUAAAAGUGACAUUUUUGGUCAUGGUGAAUACCACUAAAGGGAUUUACCUGUGUUAUUUAUUUUGGGGUUCAGGGGACACACAAUCUUCAAUUGUAGGGGGCGGUCAGGUAGCCUAGUGGUUUAAGCGUUUGCUCAUCACGCCGAAGACCCGGGUUCGAUUCCCGACAUGGGUACAAUGUGUGAAGCCCAUUACUGGUGUCCCCUGCCGUGAUAUUGCUAAAAGCGGCGUAAAAACCUCACUCACUCAAUUGCAGGAGUCCCAUGUUUAAGAUUGGUGUUCCCAAGAAAUGACAAAUAUUGAAUAUAUCAAUGUUGAUUCAAAUAAAGUAGCUUCUUGACUU